AUGACUGAUAAACCUGAUUCUUAUGCCGGCUUUAAUGAAUACAAUCCAUUAUUAGAUACUGAUAGUUUAAAAUAUGAUACUGAUUUACAACAAGCUGUUUUAAAAACCAGUCAUGGUCGACGAGCUCCACCGACUGGUGCUGCUGGUGCAGGCGCUGCCCAAAAAGGUGGAUUUUUUUCUCGAGUAAAGAAUAUUUUUGGUCGACAGAAAAAUACUGGUAUGCCGGCACCACCAGGUACAUCAUCUGGUCGAUUGGGAACUGCAUCACGUGCAGCUCAACAACCGAAUAGUGUUAUUGGUGCUCCGCCUGGUUCAGCAUCACGUCGUCUUCAAACUGGUACAGCAACAGGACAACGACGACCAACAACAGCAGUACAAGGUGCAGGAUUUACAACUGGUGCUAUAGGUAGUGGUGGAACAGCAUCAGGACCUACACAAUUUGAAAAAAAAGAAGAAACUAAUGAAGAUAAAGCAAAAAAAUUGGAAAGAACAGUAUUGGAUCUUAUUGAUGAAAGUUGUUUAGCAUAUGAAAAAAAUGAUACAAAAUUAGCACUUGAAAAAGCUGAAGAAGCAAUGAGAAAUGAAAAAAGUCUUAAUCGAUAUCGAGAGGAACAAAAUCUUGGAGAAUCAGAUUUAAGUCUGACUGGAUUUGUCAUUCUUCAUUGUGCUAAUAUGUUAGCUAAAUGUGGUAUGAAUUCUGAAGCGAUGAAUCAAUAUAAUUUAAUAUUAAAAAAUAAAUUGUUACCUGUACCCAGUCGUUUACGAAUUAACAUUGGAAAUAUUUUCUUACGUUCGAAACAAUAUACGAAAGCAUUAAAAAUGUAUCGUAUGGCACUUGAUCAAAUACCUGAGCAAAAUGCUGAUUUAAAAUUUAAAGUUCGUGAAAAUAUAGCUGCAACACAUAUUCUUAUGAGUCAAUAUGCUGAAGCAGCACAAGCUUAUGAAUCAAUAAUGCAAGAACGACCAAAUUAUCGUAGUGGUUUAAAUCUUCUUCUUUGUUAUCAUACAUUAGGACAACGUGAUAAAACACGUCGAGCAUUUAGUGAUUUACUUAAAAUACCAUUUUUAAGUUCUGAUGAUGAUUAUCAAGCAUCAGUUGAUAAAGAAGAUAAACAUGCAAAUCUUGUUUUAGAAGCUACACGAGAUGAUCGCUUAAGACAAUUUGAACGAAAACGACGACGUUUUGCUGAACAUGUUAUUGUUACUGCUGCUAAAAUCGUUGGUAAUAAUUCUGAUGGAGAUUUUGUUGGAGGUUAUGAAUGGUGCAUUGAACAAGUACGAAAUUCUACAUAUCUUGAAUUAGCUAGUGGUCUUGAAAUUCAAAAAGCCAUUGCUUAUUUACGUGAAGAUAAUUUUCCAAAGGCUAUUUCUACAUUAAAAGAAUUUGAAAAAGCUGAAGCAAAAUUAGCAAGUGCAGCUGCUACAAAUUUAUCAUUUUUAUAUUUUUUGGAAAAAGAUUUAAAUAAUGCACAUAAAUAUGCUGAUUUAGCUUUAAAAACUGAUAAAUUUAAUCCAGCUUCUUUAACUAAUAAAGGCAAUUGUUGUUAUGCUCAAGAAGAUUAUGAUAAAGCUCGAUACUAUUAUGAAGAAGCUUUGAAUAUUGAUGCAGGUUCUGUUGAAGCUUUACAUAAUCUUAUUUUAACCUUAAUGAAAUCUAAACAAUAUCAACGUGUUAAAGAUCUUCUUCAUAAAUAUUCAAUAAUUCAACCAACAAAUGCACAAGUUUGUUGUCUAAUGGCUGAAGUAUUACAACGUACAAAUGAUGUUGAACAUGCAAAAAGUUGGUAUUUACAAGCUUUAAGUACACAUCGAAUGGAUGGACAUUUACAUCAAAGAAUAGGUGAAGUUAUUGAUUUACAAGGAGAUAAAUCUGAUGCUAUACAAUAUUAUUUUGAUGCUUUUCGACAUAAUCCAUGUGACAUAAAAACAUUAGAAUGGCUUGCAUCAUAUUAUAUUGAAACACAAUAUCCUGAAAAAGCUGUUGAAUUUUGUGCACAAGCUGCAUUAGUGAAACCAGGAGAAAUAAAAUGGCAUUUAAUGGUUGCUUCAUGUUAUCGUCGUACUGGCGAUUAUACAGCUGCAUUAGAAAAAUAUAAAUGGAUUCAUCAACAUUUUCCAGAUGACACUGAUUGCAUACAAUUUUUGGUUAAAAUAUCGACUGAUCUUGGUUUACCUGAACGUGAAAUGUAUGAAAAUGAAUUAAAAAAAGUUAAUAAAAUGAAAGAAAUACAACUUCAACGUAAAACAAGUGCUGAUAAAAGCAGUAAUAUUAUUAAAGGUCGAAAAAUUUCUCAAGUUGAAAAUGAUGGUUCCCACUCAAAACAUGAUGAUAAUCGUCAAUUAAGUGGUCGUAAACGUACUCCUAUUGAUUUAGUACAUACAGAAGGAGUUUUCUCACAACAAGAACCUGUCACUGUUCCUUCAUUUGCUGACAAUUUUACUCAAGAUAUGACAGAUGGACGACCAAGAACUGCAAUACGUAAACAAGAAGCAAAUAAAAGUGUAUUUGAUGAAAAUGAUGAUGCCGCUGAACUUUUGCCUGACUAA